GGGUCCUUUGUUAAAUACAUGGCUUUAUCUCAUCCGGAAGCGAUAGAAAACGUGUGACUACGUCGCUAAUGUAAAUGGCUAGCACAUUAAUAAUAGUGCGUUAUCUCCGCGCGCAUCUCUCACUGGACGCUCUUACGUCAGGUGGUGCUGUCCAAGUAAUGAAGAGGUGAAUCCCCAGUCUACAGUUUUGGGACCUACUUGAGCACCGGCGUUCGAGCGCUUAACCGAGUCAGCGUGGGUUCUCCGUGGCGUUUUGAGUGUCAGUAACUAAACUGACAUCUUCUUAUCAUGCCUGGCAAGAAAUGAAUCCUGAUUCAGCGCUCGGCUCACACAGAAUCGCGCGCGGAGAGAACUUUGCUUUGGAACUCUUGUGCGGUGGAAACGGGCACGCGCCACGGCAGCGCGCGAAGGAUCAACAACUUUUCCUCAGAAGCAACGCUAGCGUCCUUCCUAUGUCGCCUCAAACCCUUCCAUGUCACCAAUUAUUGUUGCUUUAACUGGACGAGAAUGUUUCAGAAACCGUGUCUGCUCAAACUCGGGAAAAACAUCGUUGGUUAGCCUUAAGAAGCGGAUAAUAAAUGACUUUUAUGCGCCUCAGACUCGCGUCCUCGCCAGGUGGACUGUGAAGAGACAGAAGAGGAAUGUUUAUCCGAAAUUUAUUGCCGCUUAGUUUGGGUUUUUUGCCGUUUUUGUUAAGUCAGUGUUUUCUCUCACUGUUUCUUCCGUUAUUUCAGUUUGCAAGAGGGGAGCUCCAGAAAUCAUGCUCCCGAACCACAGUGGCACCGCUGGAAGGGAGCUGCCAGUUGCCAUGCCAGUGUAGGCCCUACCCACCGUUACCCCCUCCACCCCCUCCUCCACCACCCCCAAGGCUUCUGGCUCCAACUGUGGCUCCCUCCACUGUAUCCCCCAUAACGCCAUGGAGGAGAGAGAUGGAGAUCUUAGUACUGGGGACAGUAAGCUGUGCAUCUGUGAUCUUCCUCCUCCUGACUGCCAUCAUUUGCUACAAGGCCAUUAAGAGGAAACCCCUUCGAAAAGAAGAGAACGGCACAAGCCGAGGGGAGUAUGCCAUGAGCUCACGCUGUAAACAGCAGGUAGUGGAAACCAAUAACACUGGAGUAUAGUGGCCAUGCUACAGCUGAACAUUCUGUACCCUACAGCACCACCAUCUCUGUUUGGGUUUAUGAGAUGGACACAAGGUAUAUUAUGAAUUUAGGAAUGGUAAACCUCACGGCUGCCCUUCUUGGGACAUAAAAUGAUGUUUAAAGAAAAGACAAAAGUGAAUACAUAAUGACUGACAUGUAUAGGCAAGUAUAAGCAGGUUUUGAGGAGACAUGGAAAUUCUUAGCGUUGCUGGCAGCUGCACGAGUAUCAUAAGACUCAACCUGGUGGCCCCCCGGGGCCCCUUUGAGGACAAUAUACAACACCAACAACUAAAUAAACGCAUGCACUUUCUGUUGAAUGCAAUGAUGUUUUAAAAUUCCUGUCUUCUCUUGUCUUUAACUGUCUUUGCAGUGUUCCUCAUUACACAUUAAGGGUUCUCUUACCUCAUGUAGAUUGUGUGAGUGUUUAAUGGUUAAAUGACUGCAUUGGCCCCACUGUUUUGAUAGAAUCAACAAAAGGAAGGGAUGAUCCUGUAUUUUGUGUUCCAAAAUAUACAAUGGAGAAAAAGACAUUUUCCCUAAUCACCCAAAACUUUAUUGCGGUUUGUGUUACUAUGCAAUUGGAAAUGGAUUGAGUUAUUGAGGUGCAUGCUUAGAAUACAAAAAAAACACAAGGCUAGAGUUAGCAUUGCUGAUAGUUAACAGAUUGUAGUCUGAUAGCUGAUAUUAAAAUCUGUAAAAUUAAAAUUUUGUCAAAAAAUAAAAUGCACCACAAACUAAAAUUGUUAGGUUUUGUGAAUGUCAAAGCAAUGUUUGGAUGCAUAGACAACAUUAUGUACAGUAUGAAAUAUGGAUAACUCUUUAUUUUGAGAUGAAUAAUUGAUUGAGUAGUUGAGAUUUUAAAAAUCAUAAUAGGUGAGCGUUCCAUUAUAGGAAAGCACUCUUUAGGAAAUGUAAAGGGUAAAUCGUUGCCAUGAUGUUUUUAAGUUGGCUGUAGACAAAAGGCAUUUCAAAACAAGUGUUUACAAUUAAAUAUCCAUUAUCUGCCAAUAAAUAUCCAAUAUGUACACACAUACUAAACUGACUAAUGUUAUCUUAUAACAGAUAUGGUCCUGAUAUAUGGUGCAUCCUUCUUUUACUAGUUUGGCUUUCUGUGUUACAUUAAUAUGGAAUGUACACAAUAUGAUGGAUGUGCAAUAUCAGUUUACCCUUUCACAAUUAGUCAGGAUUUGUUCAUGAAAGUGGUCCAUAAUUUUGCACCAUAAUUUUGAAAUAAAAUGGUUACAUAAAAUUACAUUUUGAAGUUGAAAUAAUUUAAAAUGUGUUCGUUUUUUAAAAAACUUAAUACAAUGGGAAAUAUAUAGAUUUUACUCUAGUCAGUCAUUUCCUCAAAUCAGUAUGGCUAAUAUCACAGAAAACAGCGAUUUGGUUAGUGUGUCACGUCAACAUUUGUUGUCCAUCUCUUUGGAAUGUUUGCAGUUCAUUCUAGAUUCACAUCAAGUCUUGGCAACUCAUAAAAACUAGGAUGUUACAAGCUUUUACGUAGAAGGUUUAAAGCUAUUUUUUAAGUCAUUAAUACUGUGAUUUUAUGUGGGUUAGUGGAUACUUUAAAGAUGUAUCAAGGUGAUUCAUCAAACAAGCUUAACCCUAAAUUUAGCUUGUAUCUAGAUCCUCUAUAUUGUUUCAUUUAUUUUUCAUUGGAACUGUAUAUCGAAAUGUCUAGAUCCCCCCCCUCCCCCCUCUUUUUUUAUAGACAGGAGCUUGUGGUAGAAAACAGUGAUGCACUGUUCAUGCAUAGUAACACUGAACUAUGAAUCAUACUGAGCAAUGAUGUUUACAUAACAUACAAGCUUGUGUGAACAAAUAUCCCUCUUCAUAUUCUGUAAAACAUUCUCACAAUCUACUGUACAGUCAUUCACCUGUUCAACAAGAUAUAUGAACUGAAGAUAUAUGUGUAUUAUACUGUACAUAAUAUACUGUAUAAGGUACUCAGAAUUGUAUUGCAUGAAUGUACAUAUCAAUAUUUGCCUUCUUGACAGUCUAUUGAGUGUACAGAGUAAGAGAAAAUGUUUAUAGGGAUAAGUAUAAGUCGAUGUGUCGUCAGAACAGAGUAAGUGUUAUUGUUUGUCUGGAACAAGCCAUUAAUGUAUAUUUGAGUAAUCAGAGGUUGUUGCACAAUGUAUGCAUCACAUACCAAAAUGUAAAACUAUUAUAUAUUGUGCACUGAACGAAUUUAAUUGCAACUUGCUGACUUUUUUAGUUUUAAAUAAAAUUGUACUACUGAA